GCAAAUGAGUAACUGAGUGUGUCAACAAUCAAUUUUGCAGUUGUAGCUGUCCUUCGGGAGCUCAUUUCGCCUGCAGGGUACCAGCAAAACUAAAUGAUGGCAGCCAAUUUGAUUUUGGUUUGUCUGUUCUCCCUCUGCAGCCUUUCCUUGAGUCAAGAAUGCAAUCAAGAGCUCCAGGAGAACGUGGAUUUCCCUGGAACAGACAUAAAAUUUCUCUACUCUCCUGGUGCACAGCACUGUCAGCAGCUGUGCACCCAGCACCCCUCCUGCCUCUUCUUCACCUUCAUCCGGGCUGAUUGGACCAGAGAUAACAGGCACUUCUACUGCUACCUUAAGUCCACUCCCACUGGGAAGCCCAAUGUUCAGACUCCACUACUGGGUGUCACCUCUGGCUAUUCUCUGAAAUCCUGCAUCCCAGACCAACAAGAACUUUGCUUUUCUCAGGUGUACCAGAACAUCGACUUUCUGGGUGCAGACUACAGAUUCUUGUUCACAGCUGACUCUGAGGAAUGCCAGAGGGUCUGCACUCAGGACCCAAUCUGUCAGUUCUUCACUUUUGCAAAUGGGGUUUUCACACAACCGGAAAUCAGGUAUAAAUGUCAUCUUAAAUUCAGCUGGAAUAUACCAAGAACUGAUAUUGUAGAAAGAAAGGCUGGUGUGACAUCUGGAUUCUCCCACAAUGCACAAAUGACAGCUCAAAACUACGACACAGCAUGUCAGAGCAAACUGUUUCCAGGCAUUGACGUCUCAGGACGCAACAGCCUUGUCCUACCAGCUGCCUCUCCUGAACACUGUCAGGCUCUGUGCUCUGUUCAUCACAGCUGCACCUACUUCACUUAUGCCAGUAAUACCUUCAGUUGUCAGUUGAAGAACAAUCCAAACCAAAUGGUGACCAAUGUAAGAGAUGGAUACACAUCAGGGCUGCCACCACGCUUCUGUCAGCCUAAUGACGACUGGCUGAAGGUGGCUCAGGAGGGAGUAGAUUUCCGAGGUUCUGAUAUUCGCUUUGAGCUGAUGGAUGAUGCAGAACAAUGUCAGAGGACCUGUACUGAUGAUCCCAACUGCCAGUUCUACACCUAUGUCAAUAACAACUUCUCUAACCGUGAUUAUUGGCGUCGCUGCUUUCUGAAGCGUGUCAUCACCAUGCCUGCUCCUCCCAAAGUUACCAAACUGACCAACGUUGUGUCUGGAUUCUCUCUGAAGAACUGUGACCAAAGUCAAAAAUCACAUGUUUAAGUUAAGUUCUGUGGUAAACUAAUUAAAGUUGUCACUGCUAACAGGCAGACUUUGUGUGUUUUCUCACUCUUUUGACUGUGGCCUCCACCCACAUCAGUUUAAUGCUGCAUCUCACCUCCCAAUCAAUCCAUGUGUUUACAUGAACACUGCUUUUUAAAUCACCCUUUUUCCUUUUAUCUUUCCGUAUGCAGUAUUGCUAUAAAAUUAUAAUGAUGUUAAUGAUUAAAUGGUCUUCAUGGUUCAAAACUACUGUAUACCUGUGUGACUGUGAACUCACAUAACCCAAUGUACUCCGUAAAUUUCAAUGAUUUAACUUUGGCCAUGAAAAUAUAACAAGUUGGUCCUGCAAGUAGCCAGUUGAAACUGGCUGCUCAGAAACUGAUAAUACCAAUGUAACUUGUUUAUGUGCCUGCUUAAAAACUGAACUGUUUCCACCUAUUGUCAGUCUCUCUUUCAGACUCUGCUCUGUUCAAGUGAUUCCUUGCGCAAGUAAAAUUUUGCUUUGACUUGA